AUGGCUUCAUCGCCAUACGUAGUCACAGUCGGAAUAGAUUUUGGUACCUUCUCAAGUACAUUUGCUUAUUGUAAUAAUUGCGAUGUUAACGCGGAAAUAGUAACAAACGAUUCAUGGCCUGAACAACGAGGUGUUUUUAAAACUGAUACUGUGUUACAAUAUGACGAUUCAUUGUCUGUAGUUAGUUGGGGUAUCAUUCCCAAACCUGAAAAAAAGAAAAAGAAUAACCCGAUUAGAAGCACCAGUGUCAUGGGAAAUAUGCGUACCAAUAAUACACGGACUCCUGAUUCUGCACGUAUUUCUAGAGCGAGUAGCAUGGGCAUGCCUAAUGAAAAUAAAUCAAUAAUACUCGCAAGUCUGUUUAAACUUCACUUAGCAAAUGUGUUAGACGACGAGAAGCCCCCGCUACCUCCAAGACUAGAUUACAGAAGAUGUGUGACUGAUUAUUUCUCAGAAAUGACAAAGUUGAUUAAAAACACCAUUUCAACAAGAUGGCCAGGAGUCAACUUUUACCAAGAUGUUAAAAUUAUUAUUACAGUCCCAUUAAAUUUUUCGGAAGGUGCAAAAGAUAUUAUUCGUUUUUGUGUUUCGCAAGCUCAACUUGUGGAAUCAGCAACUUCAGCAAGGCUGGAAUUUAUAUUAGAACGUAUGAGAAUUCACAUCUUACCAUAUGCUACUGCUGCUGCAAUUUAUUGCAUAAACAGUCUAAAGCAACCAAGAUUAAAUCCACAUACAAACUUUAUGCUCGUGGAUAUCGGGGGUGGUACGGUAUUAACUGCAAUAUAUAAACUUACCAGUGAUGGAAAAACAUGUGAACUAGUUGAAUAUUCUAGUAGUUUGUGUGGUGUCACUUAUAUUGACAAGGAAUUCAUACGAUAUCUUUGUGACAAUUUUGAAUUAUUUUAUGCAUUACAGCAAUUACAAAUUUAUAAUUACGAUCAAAUACAAUUUCUUGCUCAGGAAUUCUGUAAAAAAGCAAAACUGCCUUUUACUGGGGAUCCAUCAACUUUCAAGCCUAUAAAUAUAGAUUUGGAGGAUACUUGCCCGGCGAUUGUGAAGUACGUGACUGGAGAUGUCAGAGAGCAGAUGAUAGAUGCUGAAUGGAUGAUUGAAUUGGCUUAUCACGAUGUUAAAGCAAUGUUUGAUCCAGUUGUCGAAAGAAUCAUAUCUCACAUAGGAAAUCAUUUGUCAACAGCAAAAAGUAAAUGUGAAGCCAUGUUUCUUGUUGGAGGAGGAAGCGAAAACCAAUAUAUACAGGGCCAGUUGAAAUUAGCCUUUAAUCAAAAUUUUUCAAUGAUUGGAUGUCCUAAGCAACCAAUCACCGCUACAGUGCGGGGAGCUGUGCAAUAUCAGUUAGAAAAGAAUAGACCUGUACAGUACAGAUUAAAUAUGCAACAUAAUAUAUUGGGUGUACCUCGUGGAUCUGUACAGUACCCAAAUCCAAAUCCAAAUAUAUCACCAGUAUCGUAUAACUUGGUGAAAAGUGUGCAGGGUACGGGUGUACCAAAUGAUGGUCUAAUGCAUGGAUUGGAAAAUAAGAUGCAGAAUAUUAACUUAUCACAAGGGAACCCUAUUACUGAUCCAUUUAAACCAGAUACAAGAGCGAUUAACUUAUCACCAGUGAACUCUAUUACUGAUCCAUUUAAACCAGAUACAAGAGCGAUUAACAUACCACAAGGGAACUCUAUUAUUGAUCCAUUUAAACCAGAUACAAGGGCGAUUAAUAUAUCACAAGAAGGGAACCCUAUUACUGAUCCAUUUAAACCAGGUACAAGAGCGCUAAGGUAUACAUAUGGUGUUCAAGUUGUAAUGAAAUGGAAGAAGGGAGAUCCAAUUCACCGUAAAAAUUCAAGCGGCUAUAUGAAUGUUUUUUAUGCGCUGAUAAAAGCCAAUACUGUAGUUAAGAUCAAUCAAACGGUUGGAUACGUUGCAAGACCAUCUGACCCAAAUCAAAGGGAUAUGACGUUUAAUAUUUACGUCUCUCCAGAAAUAAAUCCGAGAUUUUGUGAUGAACCUGGAAUGAAACAUUACGGAACUCUUAAAGUGGAUCUUUCAGAUACACAAGCUGUAAAGAAACGACUCGUGGAAUUUUCGUUGGUUUUUGGCGAAACGGAUGUGAAAGCUAUAGCAAAGAAUAAAAAAACUGGGAUGAUCUAUCAAGCUACCCUGAGUUCAUGA